UUGACAGCCCUGACUUCUACUUAUGUAAUUUUUAAGUAUUUAAAAUUUACUUUUUAUCCCAAAAAUUAUGUAAGCCCCAAAACUCACAGUCUUCGCUCUCCUAUAGCCAUCAAAUAUUCCAUUUUUGCCAUCCAUUCCUUAAAAGCAAGCUCCAAUUACAAAUACUUCGCCUAUUCGACCAAUUCCAAAUGAUUCGCCACCACAGACACCUGAUUUUUUGCCAGCGCGCAAUUCAAAAUCGCCGACACCUUUCACGCCACACUCUUCAACUCGCCGAACAACAUCAAAUUCUUUGAGAACUUCAACAUUGUCUGAAACACCAUCAUCACCAAUAGCUUAUCAUAAUCAGACCAAUUCGACCCCAACGAUUUCUAUCAAAUCGAAUCAAGAUGGCACACAUAUUCCGAGCAGUGAUUCGAUUGGUUUUGGAAUACAGUGAGCAGCCGACAGCUGACAACUUGCGCAGAUCCUUUCCAAAAACGGAAAAUUGAGCGAAGAUUUGGAGAGAUUUUCUCAAUAAUUUGGUGAGUUUUUCCGUCGAAUCUGCAAAUAAAAACUGUUAUUUUUUCAGAUUUCUGUGAAUAUUUUUAAAAAGUUUUUCCCUCGAUUUUUCGCAUUUGGCUCUACUCCCAUCUCUCACCUGCCUUAUCGACUUUUAAUAACUGACCAUUGUUGUUUCAUCGAUAUGAAACUUUGACUUCUCAACCAACUUCUUAGCACCAAUUCACGAUUUCAACAUCAAUGCUCCAUUUUGGCGUAUUUUUCGACGUGAGUUGUUUUUUUUUUUUGAAAAAAAAAACUGCAAAUUAAAAAAAAGUGUGCCAACACGUCGACGCGCAAAUGCACACAUUUUUUGAGAAGGUUUUUUGAAUUUUUCAGGGUUCCACCAAAAAAUCUCCUUUUGCUGUCGAAUGCUGUCAAUUAUUUUUUUGAUUAUCAACCAACUUACUAUCUAAUUGUUUCUACACGUGAGUGAAAAAACAUGAAUUUUAAGCUAAAAAAUUCACAGAUCGGCAAAUUUCAAAAAAAGAUUUAUUUUAAAAAGUUACGCAUGGGAAUACAAAUUGUGAAGUUUAAUGAGACAUAGACUAUGAAAGAAAAAUAAAUAAAUUUAAAACAAAAAAAUGAAUAAAUUCAAAACAAAAAUGGAAUUCGCGUGCAUAAAACUAUGAAAAAAAUUAAUCUACCUAUGAAAUGUUUCAUAGUUUGUUUUUCAAUAAAAUCUGAACGCUGAUCCUAUAGCUUCAAGUGUAAUUCAAAGCUUCACCUAAUCAUUUUAACAUAGUAAUUACCCAAUAUUUUUCAAUAAAGCUCAAAUCUCAUCUGUUAAUUUUGCUACACCCCCCCCCCGCCCAAACCUCAAAAUAAACUAACUUGACCGGCCCGUUCCGUGAAAAGUUGUUGAUCUUUUUGAACAUCCCGUCCAAAGAAACAUCUUUUUCGAAAGCCUGAAAAUUCUACUAUCUUUUUUUCAAUAUCUUCGCCUAUUCUUAAACUUACAUCAGAAAAUGGCAAUUGUGGAUUUUAUGGAACCCCUGCAUUCUGUGACUGUUGUCUCUGAAAAAAAAAUAAGAAAAUUAAAAAUGUACCAAACCACCCCAUUAUGAAACUUUUAGACACACAAAAAAUAAAAAUUUCGUGCAAAAAAAAAAUAAAAGAAAAACAACGAUACUCCGCGUGCGCGUUGUUUAGCGUGUUUAUUUUGUUGUUUUAUUGCAGGGUAGAUGAGAGAGGGUGGGAGAUAGAGAGAGGGUUAGAGAGUGAGAGAGAUGUAUGUAAUUAUUGAUUGAACGUUUUUUUUCGAACUGAAUCAUUUUCUGGUUUUUUUCAGCGCAGAAAGUGUUAUUAAUGGGGUGAUUUGACAUUUUUUAAUUUUCUUAUUUUUUAGAGACAACAGUCACAUAA